AGCCAGGAAACCCUUUGGAGAAAAGAAGUGCACUACUUUUCUCUCUCUCUUUUGUGUUGUUGUUGUUUUUCUUUUUCUUUGUCUUCUUCUGUUAUUGUUGUUGCCGUGUCUGGGUCUGGCUGUUGUGGUCCUCCAGCCCGCGUCUCCUGUCCUAUUCUCCGGCUUCAUCCCGCCUUCCCUCCACCCCCCCUGGUGCGAAAUGGCGAAAGAAAACGGCGAGUCCAGCGACCUGUCCUGGAAGAAGCACGUCGAUGACAUCAAGAGCAUCUUUGACUUCAAGGAAGUCCUCGGGACCGGUGCGUUUUCUGAAGUGGUGAUGGCUCGGGAGAAGGCCACGGGAAAGAUGGUGGCAAUCAAGUGCAUCCCGAAAAAAGCGCUGAAGGGAAAGGAGACGAGUAUCGAGAAUGAAAUCGCCGUGCUCAGGAAGAUAAAGCACGAGAAUAUUGUGGCUCUGGAGGACAUCUACGAGAGCUCCAACCACCUGUACCUCAUCAUGCAGCUGGUGUCUGGAGGCGAGCUGUUUGACCGCAUCGUAGAGAAAGGUUUCUACACAGAGAUGGAUGCCAGCCGGCUCAUCCGACAGGUUUUGGAUGCAGUCAACUAUUUGCACACGAUGGGCAUCGUGCACAGAGACCUAAAGCCUGAAAACCUGCUGUACUUCAGUCCCCACGACGAAUCCAAAAUCAUGAUCAGUGACUUCGGCUUGUCAAAGAUGGAGGGAACGGGUGACGUGAUGGCCACCGCCUGUGGGACUCCGGGAUACGUUGCUCCUGAGGUUUUGGCUCAGAAGCCCUACAGUAAAGCUGUGGACUGCUGGUCUAUUGGGGUCAUCGCUUAUAUUCUGCUGUGUGGUUACCCUCCUUUCUAUGACGAGAACGAUUCGAAGCUCUUUGAGCAGAUUCUCAAGGCAGACUAUGAGUUUGACGCACCGUACUGGGAUGACAUAUCAGACUCCGCCAAAGACUUCAUCAGCAACCUCAUGGAGAAGGACCCAGAGAAGAGAUUCAUCUGUGACCAGGCUCUUGAGCACCCUUGGAUUGCCGGAGACACCGCUCUCUGCAAGAACAUACACGAGUCGGUCAGUCGACAGAUGCGGAAAAACUUUGCCAAAAGCAAAUGGAGGCAAGCCUUCAAUGCGACGGCUGUGAUCCGCCACAUGAGGCGUCUGCAGCUGGGCACCAGCUUUGGCAGCAGCAUCCACAACACCGUGUCCAACCCUCAGAGCCGCGCUCCCGCCAAGAGCCAGUCUGUGGACUGCGCCCCGCUCUCCCUGAAGGACUGUCCUCCAAUAGAACCGAUGUCCUCUGCUGUAAACGUGUACAAUCAGGACUCUGACGCCCCCUCCGCUGUACUCGAGGAACCGUCCGCGGUGGCCGAGCCGUCGCGCCUGCGGCCCUCCACCGUCACGGUCAUCCACACUGGGACUAAAUGACGCCAGGUUCCGCGGGAGGUGAGCUGGGAGACCACAGAGCUUUGAGACAGGGGGGGGGGGUGAACCACCAUCCCAGGCCUCAACGUUGUCGCCCAGUUUUGCUCAUCCCGCAACCUCCCAUCUGUUUCUGCCAACCACGGGAGGAAUUUGAGGAGCGUUGGCUCAGCCCGGCACCCCCCGCUGCCUCCCUUCCCACUCUCAUACAGACCUGGAAGUACAGAGGGGAAGAUGCUCACCAGAAGUUGUUAUUGUGGAAGCCGCACUCAGCCUGGAUCACGGUUGUCUGGCAGAUGAACGGGGAAGUGCCACACUAAAGGGAACUCUUUAUUGACGCUGCUAUCAGUUUUGAACUGAGUGUCUUGAGAAAAGGACGCUCCGCUGUAUGCCUUGUGUAAAUAUCCUGCCUGGAAAUGUUGAGUGGUGUCAUGUUAUGCAAGUGAAAUAUAGGCUUCAAGCUGUGGUACAUAAUUGUGACAUCGCCUGCACUCUGAACUUCCUCUUGUUGUUUUGACAGCUCUUGUUAAUUUGCUGUGGUGUUUGCUCCAAUGGCUCCCAACAGUGUGACAGUGUGUGUGUUAUCUCUUUGCUUUAAAGUGUGUGAGCAGGACGAUGUGCUUCAAUCACGGCUGUGAUGGCUGAGAGGACUGGUGCGUUGCACUAAUGUAUUGGAUUAUUUAUUUUCUUACAAUAUAUAUUAUGACUUUUGUAACAUGUGUACAUGUGCUAUUAGACAGGGCCGGGACAGUUAUUGAAUUGAAUGAUGAGGACACAGUAUCUAAUAGGUGUUACUUUGUAAAUAAUGUUUUAUUUGAUGAAUUAUAUUUUUGGGACGUGACUGUGAAGUCCUCCUUGACCACAGGAGGGCAACCAUGUGUUGUUGCUGUGUGACCAGUUCUCAGGGAUGUGCUCCAACAUGAAACCAACCAAUCCCCCUCACUGCUGAUGAGGAGGGGGGAAUCGUUAAACCUCUGUAAACUGCAUGUGAUUCUAAUGUGCCAUUGGGAGAGUUUGACAGAUGUGUUCUCUCUUUUUAAAUCCAUCAUCGUUGGUAGUAUGAGUGUAAUGUAACUUGAACUGAAUGGAUUGUGUUUCCCUUUAAAAACCUUGAAUCAUAUUUGGAUUUAAAGAAUGUUGUGUUCGUCAGGAAAAGUAAACUGACAAAUGAAUGCCAAUGUAUCUUCAUAACAAUUGCUCCCACUGCAGAAUUAAUCAGUCGGGUUCAGUUCAGUAUUCGUAUAUAUAUUCUGCUCUGCUUCCGCUCACGGAGUGGCUGGUCUGAGAACAGCUCCGUCACUCUGUGUUUAAUCACUGUGCUUUCAUACCAGCCUGUUGAAUUUAGCAGAAAGACUCUCAUUCUCCAGAGAAAAGAAGGUAUCUGUCUCUGGAUUUGCUCCGUGGUAUCUCUAUUUAAUUUUAAAUCCCUCAACAUGAAUGGUAAAAAAAAAAGGACAUUCCACCAGAAUAUGCCCGAUAUCAAGGGCUUUGCCAUAUUGAAUUAUCAAAAAAUGUGGUGAAUAUUGACACCUACUUACUGUAAAUACAAAGCUCAACAACACUUUAGCUUGGGACUUGAGUGUUCAUUUUUGUCUUCCCCUAUAUCUCCCCCCCCCCCCCUCCCUCCCAAAAAAACAUCAGCAGAAUGCUGACUCAUUGCAAGCCCCUCGAUUUGCAUGUAUAACAUAUUGUUGCAGAAAUGUGCUGUGGAGUUGUAGAGAUUCAUGUAUUAAAAAAAAUGCAUGCA